ACUCAGACGCUGCAGUGCGCUAAAGGUCUGGACCAGCUUCACUUUAUUACCAGCGUUUAAUCUCCAUCAACAGAACCCAGAGGACCGAAGUGCGAUGGCCUCAGCGGAGGAUCUUGAGUUUUCUCUGGUGGGUCUGGAGGAGGAUCUGACCUGCAGCAUCUGUCUGAGCACCUUCAUCUGUCCGGUCACCAUCCCCUGUGGACACAACUUCUGCCGGGACUGCCUGCUGGCCACCUGGAAGGACUCCUUCAGCUGCCCGCAGUGUCGGACCCUGUUCGCCACCAAACCCGAGCUGAAGAAGAACACGGUCCUCAGCACCGUGGUGGAGACCUUCAGGAUCCGGACCAACAAGAGCGAAUCCGUGGUUCUGGUGGAGGAGAGCCAACCCAAGGAGGAGGAGGAGAAGAAGAAGGGUGUGAUCCGCUGUGACACCUGUAUGGAGGCCGAGGCGGCUCAGACCUGCCUCACCUGUAUGGCCUCCUUCUGCGAGGAGCACCUGCGGCCCCACCGGGAGAACCCCACCUUCCGCCUCCACCAGCUGAGCCAGCCCGUGGCGGACCUGAUGGAUUGGAUCUGCCCCAACCACCACAAGCUGAUGGAGCUCUUCUGUACCCAACAUGGCCGACUGAUCUGCAGCCUGUGUCUGCAGCAGGGCCACAAGGACUGCAGCUUCACCACAUCUGAGGAGGAGAGGAGCCGGAAGCAGUCUGACCUGAGAGACAAGUUGAGUUUUUUGGAUGGAAAAAUGUCAAAGAACGAGACUGUUCUUUGUCUGAUGAAGGACUCUGAGAAAAGGCUAAAGGAUUCAGCCAUCAACAGGAAGAAAGCCGUGUCGGCGGAGUACCAGUACAUACAGGACAUGUUUGCCCGAGAGGAGCAAGAAGCUCUGAAGUCUAUCGACCGGGAGGCCGAGAUCGGGCAGACCAAAAUCAGAGGGCUCAUGGCGAAGUUUGUCGAGAACGUUGACAAGAUGAGCAAAGCUAAAGAGGAGAUCCAUCAGCUGCUGAGCCAGUCCCAAACCCAGGCCUUCUUACAGGCUUCAUUUUACCUCCCCCAAGCCGUGAACUUUGACCCCUACACCCCUCGGAUCAACCUGGACUCUAAGAAGGUGAUGCAGUCAGAGGCGUUUGCUGCGUCCACGAAGAACUUCCUGCUGCAGCUCCUGAAGCAGCCCGUCGAGAACAGAACACCGAUACUCCUCAGAGGUGAACGAGCAGCGUCGGCCUCCGGGUACAUGCCGACGAGUCCCGGGAACUAUCCAGAGCCAGAGUCAAAGUUUCCUCAGGCUCCUCCGAGAUUCCCCAGGUCCCACAGUCCAGGACCUGGACCCGCAGCGGGCCAGAAGAAGAAACCGCAGAAAAACACCAAAAAUCCUCCCCAGUACACUGAAAACUUUGGAAAUAAGAAGUUUAACAAAUCCCUGGAUAACCUGUUGGAGUUUGAACGGAAACCCCAACCCAGAGGACGUCCUGCUGCAGCAGAACCCAAAGAGGAUCCAGGUGGAAACCAGAUCCACACAUUUACCUUAGCUCGUCCAAGUUCUUGUUUUUUUAUUCCUUAA